AGUCAUUUGCAAACGGGCUCUAUCGCUGGGGAGCAGAAAUGUGUUUUUUUCAAACCCUAAGCAGAUUUAUAGUCUGGUUUCCUGUCAGAUCUUUGCAUUUUCCUUCUCCGCCCCUCCCAGUCUCUGACACACUUUUCUUACUUUCUGUGUGGCUCUUUGCUCGUUCUGACACCGGUGCACCAGAUUCUCCUGAAACUUUUGUCCUUAAGGGGCCAGGGGUUGCUUUGCUCCUUGUGUUUCCUUUACUUUUCAACCACUGCAGAGCACAAAUAACCUCUCCAAGACUCUUGGAAAUACAAUUGCAUGGAGGCGACGUAGAGAGUUUCAGCCUGCAGCAACUGCAGUGAGACAGCCCGGUCACUCAUGAGCACCCAAGGAGGAGAGCCAGAGAUGGAUGACUGCCUGGAGACACUGAAAGAUGAGGAGGAGGCUUUGUGGGAGAACGUGGAAUGCAACCGGCACAUGCUGAGCCGGUACAUCAACCCGGCCAAACUGACCCCCUACCUGCGGCAGUGCAAGGUCAUCGACGAGCAGGACGAGGAUGAGGUGCUCAACUCACUUAUGCUGCCCUCCAAAAUUAACAGAGCAGGUCGACUGCUGGACAUCCUCCACACCAAGGGCCAAAGGGGCUACGUGGUUUUCUUAGAGAGCCUGGAGUUCUACUACCCUGAGCUCUACAAACUGGUAACAGGGAAAGAACCCACACGGAGAUUUUCCACUAUUGUUGUGGAGGAGGGACACGAAGGCCUUACCCAUUUCCUAAUGAAUGAGAUCAUUAAGCUCCAGCAGCAAGUGAAGACGAAGGACGUGCAGCGCUGCGAACUCCUGGCCAAGUCUCGGCAGCUGGAGGACGAGCGAAAGCAGCUCAAGCUGAACAAGAUAGAGCUGCUGACCUUCCAGGAGAGGUACAACAAGAUGAAGGAGGAGAGGAACAACUACAACGACGAGCUGGUGAAGGUGAAGGAUGAGAACUACAAUCUGGCCAUGAGAUACGCCCAGCUGAGUGACGAGAAGAGCAUGGCCGUGAUAAGGAGCCGAGACCUCCAGUUAGAGAUUGACCAGCUGAAGCAUCGCUUGAACAAGGUGGAGGAGGAGUGCAAGCUGGAGAGGAACCAGUCUUUGAAGCUGAAAAAUGACAUUGAAAACCGGCCCAAAAAGGAACAGGUUCUGGAGCUGGAGCGGGAAAAUGAGAUGAUGAAGACCAAAAUCCAGGAGUUACAGUCCAUCAUUCAGGCUGACAAGCGGAGUUUGCCGGAUUCGGACAAAGCCAUUCUGGAUAUUCUGGAACACGACCGUAAGGAGGCACUGGAAGAUCGUCAUGAGCUGGUCAACAAGAUUUUUAAUCUCCAGGAGGAGAUUCGUCACGUGGAGGACUUGAGAGACAAGUACCUUGAGGAGAAAGAGGAUUUGGAGUUGAAGUGCUCAACACUAGGAAAAGACUGUGAGAUGUACAAGCACCGUAUGAACACUGUGAUGAUACAGCUGGAAGAGGUGGAAAAGGAGCGAGACCAGGCGUUCCGCUCGCGCGACGAGGCUCAGACGCAGUACUCACACUGUCUGAUCGAGAAGGAUAAGUACAGGAAGCAGAUCCGAGAGCUGGAGGAGAGGAAUGACGAGCUCCGGAUCGAGGUGGUUCGGAAGGAAGCGUGUAUUGUCAACCUGGAGUGCAAACUCCGGCGGCUCUCCAAGGACAACAACUUCCUCGACCAGAGUUUGCCACGGAAUCUACCCAUUACCAUUAUCUCCCAGACCUUCGGGAAUUCCAGCCCAAAAGCCAACGGUCAGGAAGCCGAUGACUCCUCCACUUCUGAAGACUCUCCAGAAGACAACAAAUUCUUCUUACCUGAUCAAGCUCGUCUCAAGAGAAGACUGAAUCUGAAGGGAAUCCAGAUAAGUCCAAGAGCUAAAUCCCCUGUCAGCAUGAACAAAACAUCAGAGUUUCAAGCAGUGAGAACGCAGGACGAGGACGGGGCCGACGCCAGCAACGGCCGCACGGACACGAGUUCUUCUGUCUCCAUCAGCAGCUGUGAAGUCAGCAAGAUUCAAGCGCUGAGGAAUCGCAAUGACAGCAUCAUGUCGACCACUCCCGAGCCUCCAGGAAAUGAUUCCAUAGUCCGGCGGUGCAAAGAGGACGCCCCUCAUUGCAGCCUGGUUGAAGAGGACAAUGACAGCUUUGGAUGUGAUGCUUUGGAGCUGGAUGAUGACAGUCAUGACAGGCAGUCACAUGGAGCUCCUUCAGUGCACUCUUCCUCUUCUUCUCAUCAGUCAGAAGGCCUGGAUGCCUAUGACCUUGAGCAUGUCAACUCCCUGUUUAGGAAGUUCUCUCUGGAAAGGCCCUUUCGUCCCUCUGUCACGUCCGUGGGCCGCCUCAGGAACUCGUGCCACGCGAUCCAGCGCGUGACGCUGAACGGGGACAGCCUCAACUCCGAGAUCACCCUAGUGGGGGGCAACGACAGGGGGAGCUUCAUCAGCUCUGUCAAGACAGGAUCACCUGCGGAGAAAGCUGGACUUCGGGAGGGCCACCAAAUCCUCCUGUUGGAGGGCUGCAUUAAAGGGGAAAAUCAGAGUGUUCCCUUGGAUACUUGCACAAAGGAAGAAGUUCACUGGACAAUUCAGAGGUGCAGUGGUCCAGUAACACUCCAGUAUAAAUCAAAUCACGAAGGUUACAGGAAGCUGCUGUCGGAGCUGGAGGAAGGGCUGAUCACGUCGGGGGACUCGUUUCACAUCCGCCUGAACCUGAACAUCUCCAGCCAGCUGGACUGCUGCUCCCUGUCCGUGAGGUGUGAUGAGAUCGUCCACAUCCUGGACACCAUGUACCAGGGCAGGUGUGAGUGGCAUUGUGCCAGGGUGGAUCCAUUCACGGACAGAGACCUGGAAAUGGGGACCAUCCCCAGCUACAGCAGAGCCCAGCAACUUCUUUUGGUGAAGCUGCAGCGGUUGAUGCACAGAGGAAGCAAAGAUGAGACAGAAAACUCCUAUAACACCCUUCGGGCACUCCGGCCAGAGGAGCCUGCCCAGCCGAAUGACCCAAAAACCAGCCCUCGCCUAUCCAGAGCCAGCUUUCUUUUGGGCCAGAUUUUACAGUUUGUCAGUAGGUCUGAAAACAAAUACAAGCGUAUGAACAGCAACGAGCGCGUCCGCAUCGUCACCGGCUGGCCCUCCGGUCUGGCACGGACCUCAUCGGAAGCAAAGAAGCAGUUGCCUGAGAAACUAGAAGAUUUGGAUUCUGAAAGUGAAAUCAAUAAGAAGCUCAGUCUGAUCCCCUACAGCCUGGUGAGACCCAUCCACUGUGAGCGCAGGCGCCCAGUGCUUUUCACCCCCACCAUGCUUGCCAAGCCCUUGGUACAGAAGCUUCUCAACUCUGGAGGUGCCCUGGAAUUCAACAUAUGCAAGCCAGAUAUUGUAACAAAGGAAGAGUUCUUAAGGAAGCAAAGGACAGAGACUGUCAUCUUCAGCAGAGAAAAGAAUCUGAACACGUAUGAAUGUAUUGUACCUGCCAAUAUCGAGGCUGUCACUGCCAAGAACAAGCACUGUCUCCUGGAGGCUGGAAUAAGCUGCACAAAGGAUUUAAUCAAAGCCAAGAUAUAUCCUAUUGUUCUCUUUAUCAGAGUCUCAGAGAAAAACAUCAAGAGGUUCAGGAAACUAUUGCCCAAGCCGGAGGCUGAGGAUGAGUUUUUACGUCUGUGCCGUCUGAAGGAGAAAGAGCUGGAAGCACUGCCCUGCCUUUAUGCCUCUGUGGAGGCAGAUGCUUGGAGCAGCAUUGAGGAUCUCAUCCGAAUAAUAAAAGACAGGAUCGGGGAAGAGCAGCGUAAAACAAUCUGGGUGGAUGAAGAUCAGCUGUAAAAAAAGAACAGGUAAAAUGGAACUCUUUGGCGACCAAAGGACACAUCCAGGUGGAGCAGGGGCUCCCAGAGUUCUCUGUUAGGUGCCCAGAGCUCACUCCUGUUUCACCCUCACUGGCUGAGGACUUCUGCAGGCAGGAUGCGUGUAUGGAAUGGAACUGGAGCAGUGUCUCGGGUGCUGGGAUCCAGGUUGUGGGUCAGGCCACAGCCACCGCCACGACUCCUGAUCCACCAGCAUCUCCUGAGGGACAGCAGCUGUUUAACCCGUGAGGACAAAGAUACUGAGAGGGAGAUGGGGGUAAUUUAUUACGUUAAAAAUGUAGAUCUCACUUGGCUCGGUGAAAACAUCUGGUGAGACCAAAUAAGUGGAAUCUGAGAGGAAAAAAACGUGGGAAUUGGGCUACAGGAUAUGAAAUUGAGAUGUGCCCCCCCCACACCCCGAGGUGAGAUUCUGAACAUACCCAGUUGAGGAAGCUGAAGGUUGGUUGGUAGCAGCAGCAACACAACCACUGAUGGCUGGAGCAGCUCUGUAGCCUUGUUUCUCCAUAACCAUUUUAAUCAGAAGAGAAGAAAAUAGCUAUUCUUCCUGGCAUUAAUUAAAAUGAAAGCUCCAGUUUUACUUAAGUCUUGCAGGUUUCCUUUGUAGUCCUGGCACUUGUAGGAAAAUAGAUUCCACUGUCCCAGUGGCACAUCAGAUCUUUCCAGAUCUGCCAGUGUCUCAUUUAGUUUAUCCCUGCCUCUGCAUCAUGUUCAUUUGUACAUCUCUCAAUUUUUAAAAUUUUCUUACUUGUGGAAAAUACGAUGGUGCUUCCUCCAGACAACAGGUUUCUCUGUUUCUCCACUGAAAUAUUUCUCUACAUCAUUGCCUGCCAACACGCCUGCUCUCAACAGGAGGGACUGUUCUGAGAGGAAGAAAAGGAGAAUUUCAUAAGCCAGUAAUUGCUGUGAACCACUCAGUCCUUGACCUCUGGGCCGUGAUUGACAGCGAGGAGACCAGCGAGCACCACGCUGUGCUGGGGCCGAGGAGGAGAAUUCUUUCAGAAGUGUGUACAUGACUAAGGAGACCACGUCCCAUUUUCAAAAGCACUUAAGUCCUUGGAGAGUUUAAGCUCCACUGAUCAGGAGUGGGGCUCAGACUCCUAAAUUUCUUCAGUCUUUUAACAUCCUUCCUCUAUGCAUUAGAUGCUGUAUUGAGAUUGCCAAAUUGGUUCAAUAAAACUGACCCGAUAAUAACGACCUGCGCAAUUGCUGAUCUGAAAUGCAAUAAAAAUUGACCUACAGAUGAAGAGUUGUACAUCCCAUUGUCCUCAGAUCCUUCCCUCCUUGCCAUAUCCCUCCCUUUAAGAUGCAUUUAAUAACAAAUUUACCUCUGCUACUGUGUUCGUCCCAAGUCCCCCAUCUUGGGGCUGCGGGUUGGUGCACAGCAGCUGGCAAGAAAAUACAAUCAGAAUCCAAACAAACAUCUGGCCUGGUUGCCCUCACUAGAUUAGCUGCUCCCUUGUCUUUGCAAUGAGCUCCUGAUGCUGUGGUUGUGUCUCAGUUAGACUAGAUCAGUCCUUGUUGGCUUGUGGGAUUGUGCUUUUCUGCACAUCAU